AUGUUUUUGCCGAAUUUUCGAGGUGUGGAAGAACUAGAAGAAACGGGGCGGAGUUUAGCGCGCUCAGGUCAAUAUUUCGGGAAGCCCGUGAGAAUGAAGGAGGAAAGAAAUGGAGCCCGCCCCGGUCACACCCCUGAUGGAUUUGGACUUCGCGCGAGGCGAGGCGUAUUUUUCCAGCAAAUGAGAUAUUACCUGGCAUCUCCUAGUGCCAUCAUUUACACCCUUGAGCAGGCUCGGGAAUUUCUUCCGAUCCACGCGCACGCAACCCGAGGCUCGCUGAAAAUCCCCUCGCUUCCUACUUCCACGAUAUUAUUUUUCAGGAAACACUGCAUUCGGAGACCCUUUCACCACAGAACUGUGGCGAAUUACAUCUUCUGGAUGUUCGCUGCAAACCGGAUCAAGAACCUGGGCAAGGAUUUUGAGGAGGUCGAGAAUAGGUUCAACCGAUUCGCCACUGGGAGAAACUCGUCACCGCCGCGUUGGCAAUUCUGCGUCAGAUACGCCAAGAUGAACUGGGCCCACGCCGUAGGGGCACUUUUCAUCAAAAGGUUCUACGACGAGGAGAGUCUCAUGAGGACAAACUCUAUAAUCGAUGAUCUGAUGAACGAGUUCCUGACGUUGUUGCGAGAUUCUGAAUGGAUGGACAAGACUACACGGAAAAGAGCGAUUGUCAAAGCCGUGGGAAUGCGACGCAAUAUCGGUUAUCCGGAUUUCAUCGACGACCCCGUCACUGUCGACGAAAUCUAUGCCAAUAUAACCAUGUCGAGCGAGGAUUUCAUGGAAAACCAUCUGACGAUGAUAAGGCAUCAUUCGAAGCUGGAAAUGCUUUUGUGGGACGCACCGGUGAACCGCAGUCAAUGGGCGACGCCGCCCACGAAAGUCAAUGCGUUUUAUCACCUCGAGAAAAAUCAGAUCAGUAAGAUAUUGUUCGUGUUUAUUAUGAUGAUUUUGAUUUAUAGAGAUGACUGAAGACACACAUGGGAACAAAAAUUAUAUAGAGCUAUGACGAGAAAUAUUACCUUGAUACUUUUCAUUCGGA